AGCGACUGGUCUUCGCAGGCGAACAGCUGGAGGACGAUGCUCUGCUGGUUUCAUGUGGAAUCCAAGACAAGACAACCAUUGAGUUAAUUCUAAAAAAGGAUGUCAUGUUCUUCGUUAAAUGGCGUGAUGGGAAGACCAUAUUGAUCCUCCUGUCCAACAAUGAGUUUCCAUGCGUCACAGUGCUGCAGCUGAAGAGGAAGUUGGAGCCUCUAACAGGAGAACCAGGCCCGUACCCCCACCUGACCAUGAUCAUCAAGCAGCUGAAGGUGGAGGGCUUCAUGCAGAGCAGGUGGGAGCACAAGCACCCCGAGACCCUCAAGAGGCUGAUGGGAUGGUUGAAAGAGGGCAAACUGCAGUGUCGGGAGCACAUCACAAAAGGCUUUGAAAAGAUGCCGGCUGCUUUCAUGGGAUUACUGCAGGGAGAGAACGUGGGCAAGGCUGUCGUCGCAGUCUGAAGCAGAACGUGAGAUCAACGCAGAAGAAUCAGUAUUAACAUCUGACUCCAUAUUACAGAAUACACACAUGAAGGACGAAGCAUCAGACGGUUACAACUAACUUCUUACACAUUAACCAUGGGAGGAAAUGUGAUUUAUCUUUUUGAGCAUUAGUUCGGGAUUCAUUGUUAGAGUUUAGUAGCAGUGAGUAAGACUUUUAUGAAACUCUCCUUUGUUUGGAUUUUCAUUCAUUGUAAAGCACAUUUUCUUAUAAUGCAUUUAAAGGGGGGAGAAAUGGAAAAGUCACUUUUAAAAAAUCAGGUUUGGAGACACAAAUCUGAGCAUUUCUUCCUCAAAUAUUAGCACUUACUGACUAUGUUUGACUAAUUUUCAAAGUUUUGAAAGUACCUUCUGCUGCUGAUACAUUCAUACAUCAUCCACUGUUACUUGUUAGAGGUUUUGUAUAAGAAAUUAAAUUGGGACUUUUUUCCACUUUUUUGUUCAUAUCUAUUUAUAUGACGGGCUUCCUAUGACAGACUGUGAGUACAAAUCUUUUUUUUUUAAGUAUUUAUGUCCUGUGUUUAAUGUCUGAGGAGAACUGGGGGGAAAAGCUAUUGAGGCACUCGUUUCAAUCCUUAAAUGAGUCCAGGUAAUAGGGCAAGCACUGCUGCCUUCUGCUGCCAUGUGUAGCUUUUUGUUUGAUCAGUAAACAGCCGAUAUUUUUAGACACCAAUUUGAAUUUCGUCAGGCUGUUGUGAUGCUGGGAGCCCCAGCUCCAUGGUUACGUGGGUGUUGUCUAAAAUGUAAAUGAAACAGGAUGCGAUCCUUUGCUAAUCCUGUUGUGACAUAAUGAAUUGAAACAGUCAAACUGUUGAAAUUGUCACAAUUUAUCUGUUGAGCAACAGGAUGCUGCUAGUCCAGUAUAAUAGCACAAGAUUUACCCACUUGGUGCAUAAGCAUGGAGUUUACAUACCUGCAGGAGCAAAGCUUUAUAGCCUACUGAAGUGGUCAAAAUAAUAAGUUAUUGCCAUGCUGAAAAAUUGUUUAAUGCCCAACGAACUAGGAAAGGGAAAUUGGGUUUCUGCAUAUCAAGCAGUAUUAAAAUAUUGGGCACAUUUCUUUUUAGUUGGUAUAAAGGCACCAUAAAAUGGAAGUUACAGUUUGUUGGAAAACAUAUAUAUAUAUGUUUUGUUGCACAAUUGGGUAUAUAUAACAGAUUUUGAUGUAGACGUCUUUGUAAAUAAUAAAGAAGCUAAAUGUGAAGGAAAAAAACAAAACAAAAGUGAUGACGUAAUGAUGGCAAGUCACGUACGAGCGGUUUUACGGAACUGGAAUUUAGCUGCGCUGACUCAGUCGUUUACGGUAAACCAAGAAUUUGUCAAGUCAUUGUGACUUGAAUUACUGUUAAACCUCUUUUCCUGCGAUUUACUGGAACGAUAACCAAACUUGGGAGACACACAAUAAAACAUACAGGAGCAAAUGAUCAUAAAUGAUAAUGUAAUUGGUAUUUACACAUACUAAUAAGCUGUUAAUGUACUCUAGCAUAUUUUUUGUAUAAAGUCACCUUUUUCUAUAUCGACUGUUCAUCCAAAGGAUUUAAAAAAACACGCAGAUGAAUACAUUGACCGGGACACAAAAUGGUUCAUUAUUAUGUUCAAGUACUGUUUAGUUGGGCUGAUGGAAAAUGGAAUAAAAUGGAUACAACCCACUGA